CCGGCGCGGAGGAGGCCGGAGCCUUGAGGGCUGAGAAGCCGGGAAUCUCUCCCCUCCCGGGGAGGGCGCGGCGGCUACUGAUAGUCUGACCCUGCCUUCUCAACACUCCUGCUGGCUGCAGUUAACUCACUAUGGCUCCUAAAGAUAUAAUGACUAAUUCUCAUGCCAAGUCCAUUCUCAAUGCAAUGAAUUCUCUACGAAAAAGUAACACCCUUUGUGAUGUGACCUUACGUGUGGAACAGAAAGAUUUUCCUGCCCAUCGUAUAGUAUUAGCUGCUUGCAGUGACUACUUCUGUGCAAUGUUCACCAGUGAGCUUUCAGAAAAGGACAAACCCUAUGUUGAUAUUCAAGGUCUAACAGCCUCUACAAUGGAAAUUUUGCUGGACUUUGUAUAUACAGAGACAGUUCAUGUGACGGUAGAAAAUGUUCAGGAGUUGCUCCCAGCAGCCUGUCUGCUUCAGCUGAAAGGGGUGAAGCAGGCUUGUUGUGAAUUCCUGGAAAGCCAGCUGGAUCCAUCCAACUGCUUGGGGAUCCGAGAUUUUGCUGAAACACACAAUUGUGUCGAUUUAAUGCAGGCAGCUGAGGUCUUCAGCCAGAAACACUUCCCAGAUGUAGUUCAACAUGAAGAGUUUAUCCUCUUAAGUCAAGAAGAAGUGGAGAAGCUCAUUAAAUGUGAUGAAAUUCAGGUGGAUUCUGAAGAACCUGUUUUUGAGGCAGUCAUUAACUGGGUGAAGCACUCAAAAAAGGAACGGGAAGCAUCCUUGCCAGAGCUUCUGCAGUAUGUGCGCAUGCCGCUUCUCACUCCUCGCUACAUCACUGAUGUCAUAGACACUGAGCCUUUUAUUCGAUGUAGCUUGCAGUGCAGGGACCUUGUUGAUGAAGCUAAGAAAUUUCAUCUAAGGCCUGAGCUUCGCAGUCAAAUGCAGGGUCCCAGAACCAGAGCACGUUUGGGUGCCAAUGAGGUUCUCUUAGUAAUCGGAGGCUUUGGAAGUCAGCAAUCACCUAUUGAUGUGGUAGAGAAAUAUGACCCAAAGACGCAAGAGUGGAGUUUCCUUCCAAGCAUCAGUCGUAAAAGACGCUAUGUUGCCACAGUAUCCUUGCAUGAUCGAAUAUAUGUGAUAGGUGGUUAUGAUGGCCGUUCCCGUCUCAGCUCUGUGGAGUGUUUGGAUUAUACAUCUGAUGAAGACAGCAUUUGGUACUCUGUGGCUCCAAUGAACGUUAGACGGGGCCUAGCAGGAGCCACCACUCUGGGAGACAUGAUCUAUGUUUCUGGAGGUUUUGAUGGAAGCCGGCGUCAUACAAGUAUGGAGAGAUAUGAUCCUAACAUCGAUCAAUGGAGUAUGUUGGGCGAUAUGCAGACAGCUCGAGAAGGAGCGGGAUUGGUUGUUGCUAACAACGUUAUCUACUGUCUUGGUGGUUACGAUGGUCUGAACAUCUUAAAUUCUGUGGAACGGUAUGAUCCCCAUACUGGGCACUGGACAAAUGUCACUCCAAUGGCCACCAAGCGCUCAGGAGCUGGAGUAGCUUUGCUGAAUGAUCAUAUUUAUGUUGUUGGAGGGUUUGAUGGAACGGCACAUCUUUCUUCUGUGGAAGCGUAUAACAUUCGUGCAGACUCCUGGACAACAGUGACAAGCAUGACAACCCCUCGCUGUUAUGUGGGUGCAACAGUGCUGAGAGGAAGGCUUUAUGCCAUAGCAGGGUAUGAUGGAAACUCACUGCUGAGCAGUAUUGAGUGCUAUGACCCCAUCAUUGAUAGCUGGGAAGUGGUGACAUCACUGGGGACCCAGCGAUGCGAUGCUGGUGUUUGUGUGCUGCGGGAGAAAUGAUAUAAGGAAAGGCCUUGUGAGAGCACUUAUAUGGAACAUACUAUCAGAGAAAGCACCAGCUGGCUUACAUCUUGUAGAUGUGGAUGCAGUGACCAUUGGCCCUGUGCCACACACCCACAGGCUUACCUUCAGAGCUACUGAUUCUAGUGGGGGAACACCCCCCCACACACACACACAAUGCACUUUGAGCUAAUCAUGGGGAAAUUACAUAUUCAUAUAGUUUACCCUAGGGAAAGUGAGAUGCUGGAGUAGCAAGGAUGCCUUUGCCUUCUGACCUGCUGAAUGCCUGAGAUUAAACAAGUCCUCUCCAAAGCAUCAGCCCAUGCAGGGAGAUGAGGAUGUGGGUCCACGGGUGGGUUUGUGCCUGAAUGUUUCAUGUACCAAAUACGCUGCAAAGCAGACAUAUUGUUAGUGAACAUUUAGUGGGCAGACGGUGCUUUCUGGAUGCUAGUUCAGGUUGUGCACAAAUGUGCAAAAUGGUGGGAUAAGUGCUGGAGACAAUGGCUGGCACAUGAAACUCCAAAGACUCAGUAUCUUGGUGUAAGGGGUCUUAUUUAUAAACCCAGAGGAGGAAAUGGAGACCAGGCUGUGCUGGAAUACUCAGUUGUCUAAUGGGAAGAAUGGCAGCCAUACAAGAAGAGAAUGUGGUAUUUUACAUCUUCUUCCAGUGGCCGGACCACCAUCAUUUCCUGGAGUGGGAGUAUUUUCUAGAACUUGUGAAUAAAAACCUGAAUCUAAUUUGCAUCUGCUUCCAAAUACAUGUUUUAGUUUUAGCAGAACAGUGAAAUAAUGUCUUGAUCAGUAUGUCCUUGGGGUUCUAGGAGUCGAGCUAUAAUGGAUGGGUACCUAUGUUGGAGGGAAACUGCAAUGUAUGCUGUGAAUUCCAUCACCUAUGCUUUCUAAGGGUAUGUCUGUUCAAUCCACUUUUGAAGGACUGGAUGUAUUUUUGCAGUGCAUCCUGUCCCCAUAAAUCACAGAGCACCUCUUCUCAAGCCCACAUUAGUCACAUGUCAGUCUGCACUGCAGGUAAGCAGUACAAUCCUAUGCACAGUUAGUCCAGUCUAAGUCCACUGAUUUCAGUCUGUUUAGACUGGAGUAACUGUACAUGGGAUUGCACUAAAGGUGAAACCUGAUGCCCUGUACAUGCAUGCCUACUGUGAACAUUGUCAGCACAGUGUUCUCCUUUUUUCUUCAUCUGUUUUUUAACAACUCCAUUUCUUGUACUCCUGCUUUAGUGCUAAGGUAGGAACAUGGGAAGUUUGUAUGCACUUAGCAUACAGAUGCUUCAUAGUUUCUUCUGUAAACCAUCUCUCCAGAUCCAGUUGCAGCAAGAAUGUGGAAUCCUUUUUAGUAUGAACUGGAAUUUUUUUUUGUUUGCUAAGCAUCACUCUCUGUACUGUCACUUAGGAUUCCAUAUCUUCUUGCUUCCCUUCUGGCGUGUAAUGCAGUGUGCAUUAGGUGUGUGAACACCCAGAGACCUGUGUUGCUGCAGUGGACUCCUGAGCCUGUGGAUUAUGCAGCUCCAUCCUUUAUUUUACAUGCCAUAAACUAUCAGCAUGACUCUGGAGCUCUCUCCCCUGACCUACUGAGCCUCUUUCUGUGUUGCCUAUCAGGUUUCAAGGGAUGAAUGUAUUUAUUUUCUUGGGUGUUGUUGACUCUUUGCUUUGGGGGUAUGGUAGCAUGAGAUUAUUAUGCACUUUCAAAACAACACUGAGUUUAUGUCCUAUCAUGCCAGUGUUUGUGAUUAAUUUCUUAUGUAUUUUUUAAUAAAAUUAUCUCUGGUA